AUGUCUUUCAAGAGCAGCAGCAGCAGCAGCAAGAAGGACAAUGGCAUAUGCAGCUUCGGUGCAUCGCCCCCUGCUGUCUUCUUGGCGCGGGCGCUGCAGCAGAACGAUGUAGCUACUGCUGCGUCAGUUGCUGCUGCUGCUGCUGCUGCUGCUGCUGCUGUUGUUGCUGUUGUUGCUGCUGGUCUGGAUGAGGAUGUGGCCGCCGAGCUGCUGCAGCAAUUUGAGCUGCCUAUACACCUGAAGAUUAGCGCGGAGCUUGCUGAGGCCUUCGCCUGUCUGCGUGACACCCUCAGCUGUCUUCCUGCUGCUGCUGCAGCAGCAGCAGCUGCUGCUGCUGCUGAUGCUGCUGAUGGUGCAUCCCAGCAGCAGCAACAGCAGCAGCAGCAACAGCAGCAGCAGCAACAGCAGCAGCAGCAGCAGGAACUGAAAUGGAGAGAGGGUGCAUCCCAGCAGCAGCAACAGCAGCAGCAGCAACAGCAGCAGCAGCAACAGCAGCAGCAGCAACAGCAGCAGCAGCAACAGCAGGAACUGAAAUGGAGAGAGGAUGUGUCUUUAAUGCUUGUCUAUCGACAUACUCUGAUGCAGCAACAGCAGCAGCAGUUGCUGUUCUUGCUGCUGCACGCAACAGACGAACUCAGGGGUAUUUCACAGCGCCAGCAGCAGCAGCAGCAGCAGCAGCAGCAGCAGCAGCAGCUGGCAGCAGCAGACACACCAGCAGCAGCAGCAGCAGCAGCAACAGCAGCAGCAGCAGGCAGUGCUGCUGCUGCCUUUCAAACGUCAGCUCUUACAAACCUCCUGGCGACAUCUAUAGACAGGUAG